GAGUUGGGCUGAGCCAGGGCCUAUUUUGGCCAUCUUACAAUAAUGACGGACCGUCCAGUUCAACAAAAGCCCAAUUUGUGGGAUUUGUAAGUUUUCAGAUUCCAAAAAGACCCACCCAAUAACUUUUUUUUCUUUUUUUUUCUGGGUUUUGUACAUGGAGAUGGAAAGCAAGACAGCAGCAGAGACCUGCAAAAAAGCAAGGCGCCCCAGCUGCUGCUGAAAGCCUAAAAUAUGCGAAUCGAAAGUAAACUAGCCACAGGUUCCAUUUAUUCUUGCUAGUAUGGCAACAGAAACAAUGCUUUCCAGUAAACCGCACUUCUUCCAGCCAAUCCUUCCAGUACUUGAAGGGGCUAAAGUGUGACAAAGCUAAUUGAGAGGCCGUCCUGGGAAGAUUUGGCCUGUGAAGAUCGAAAUUAGGAGUUCUGAAGGUGGUUGGAAAGAGUUUAGCUCAAGACCAGGACUUGCAUGUUGGUGAUUUCUUGGUGUUUAGACAUGAAGAGGAUAGUGUGGGGAACAAGGCUGGGGAAGAUGAAAAGAGAAUGAUUCUAAUCAGAAAAAAAAGUGGGUUUCAGUUAUUGUAAAUGUACCACUGGGACAGCAUGGAACAAAAAUGUACCACAGGGACAGUGCUCAACGGGAUCCUGUAGUUAAUUUGCCUUGAUUAGGGAUUCAAGAGAUGGUGGUAUUUGGAAACACAACCAAUUGUCCUUGAUGUAUAUCACCCUGCUAGUUACAUUCAGAACUGCUGCUUCCUUCAAGAAAGAAAGUAAAUACAAUGGCCCUUUAAUCCAUGUUAAUGAAAGGGAACAGAGAAAAAUCCUAUGCUUGGCAGGUGAGAUUUGAGAAUUAAAACUGUGCUGGCUCUUAGAAAGACGCAAAUCAGAACUUUUAAAUUAGUAAUUAGUGCUAGUUAGUUGUUACAACAACCACCAACGCAAGAUAAUAACACGACCAAGUAAAUAAAAUGGCUCCAAGAAGAAAGAGACAUGAUAUAAAAGAACAGAAGAAGUAUUGCCAAGUAAUCCCUCCAAUUCUCCCAAUAUGCCAGCAGGAAUAAUGCCUUCGAGUAAACCACACUUCUUUAAGCCAGUCCUUCCAGGAUUUGAGCGCAAACUUUCAAUCCCUGUUUCAUUUUUCAAGUACCUGAAAGGACAGAAGUGUGAGAAAGCUGUGCUGAGAAGCAUUGCUGGGAAGCUUUGGUAUGUGAAGGUCAAUGGUUGUCGGUUUGAAGAUGGUUGGGAAGAGUUUGUUCGAGAUCAUGACUUGCAUGUUGGUGAUUUCUUGGUGUUUAGACAUGAAGGAGACAUGGUGUUUGAUGUCAUGGUGUUUAACCCAAGUGCCUGCCAGAGAGAAUAUCUUUCUUUUGAUGUCAAGGAGGAGAUAGAAACACCAGAAGCAGAAGAAGUAGCAAAAGAAUCUGAUCUUGGAGACCUUACAAAGAAUAAGCAAGUCAAGACAACUUUUAAAGGAAAAGCUGUUUCUUCUGUGCUUGAACGUCCAUACUUUGUGGUGAAUGUGUCAUUCUACAGCGCCAGGAAUAGUAGAAUAAAUGUUCCAAGGAAAUUUGCACGGGCAAAUGGCCUGAAAAAUAGACGUUGCAAGAUUGUUCUUAUGGAUCAAGAAGGAAGGUCAUGGCCAGCUGAGUUGGGAUACAAGAAGUCAGAUGGUCAAGUUUAUAUUGGACAGGGUUGGAAUGCCUUCCGCAAUGCGAAUGACCUUCAUGCAGGAGAUUCUUUCCUUCUUGAGCUCAUUAAAAAUGGGAGAAAACCAAUAUUGAAAAUGUAUAAGUUGAAAGGAAAUCCUAAUAAGACCAAAAAGGAGGUGACUGAUCAUACUACAAAAGCUGGUUCUUUUUCAAGCAGACUUCCCCACUUCUAUGUCACCAUGAAAACAACUCACCUUAAAAAACGUCAACUAAAAAUUCCAAGAAAUUUUGCCAGGAGGAAUGGCCUAUGUAGAAAAUGUUUCAAGAUGAUCCUUACAAAUGAAAAAGGAAUUUCAUGGGUGGUGUCAGCAGGGAAAUGUACCAGUGGUGAUGCUUUUAUAGGACGUGGCUGGAUUGCAUUCGCCAAGGAAAAUGGCCUAAGAGAGGGAGAUGUCUUCAUGUUAGAACUCGUUAAAGGGGGAGAGAAGCCUGUGAUGAGAAUUUAUGGUAACUUAAAUCCGUGCUUUAUCUAACUUAUAGUCCAGCUUUUACCUCUUUUGCUUUGAGUUCAUAAGCAGAAAAUCAUUCUGAAGUAUCUAAUUACCAGAUGCAUUGGAACAAAUUUAGACAAUUUGCCACCCAUCCUCUAUAUAUGGAGCCUUUGGAUUUUGUAGCAAUAAUUAGCGAGACUUUCUCCAGUCUGUUUUAUUUCAUUUCAGUUCUAAAUGAUUUUAUCAAUCAAUUAAUCCAUAGAGAAGCAAAGAAGACCAUAUUAAUAAUUCUAAAAUUGUGGGUGCGACAAGUGAUAGAAAGUGAAUAAGAAGGAUAAAACAAGUAAUGGGAGAUGCAUAAAUUUGCAAUUAGAUGCUAUGGUUAAUUAUGACAAUUAUACGAUCAGUAACCAUAACAUGGGAAUUCAAUGUUUAUGAUGUUCAAAAAUUGUAUUUGGUUUGAUUUUCUUA